AUGUCUUCGGUCGCAAGACCUCUUCUUACCAACCCCCCGCAAUCCGAGGCCGAAGUCCGUCUCAUCGACACCACUGCAUAUGGCUCCGCCAAUAUUUCUCCCGGUAACGCACAAGCUAGCCGCAAGAUUCCGUACAAGCCUCGAAUAAAUACUCGAGAGAGAACUACACUCCUGAUAUCAUUGUCGGCCGUUGCUUUGCUUCUAUGUCUCUGCCUAAGCGUAAGACAGUGGUGGAAAAGAAGGGCGAGAGACCGGUUCUGCAAGAAAAGACACUUGUCGAAGCUCUUGAACAGAAACCGCCCUUUUCACAUGGACAGCCUUGACGAGCAGGAAUAUCAUGGUGAAACAGGACGCUUGCAGAGAGUGGUCCUUGCAACAAUGGACUGCUGGAGGCCACGAAAUUGGAUACUCCUAUUGAUGGACGAGAGAGAAAAUUGGCUAAGACUUAUAAAAGAGAAACCUCAAUUGUGGGCAGACCCGGUGGUGGACAGACGCUGGCUCUGGAACUUUCCUGAUGGGGUCUCAGACACCAUUCGCGUCGUGGGAGUCCGUGGAGCAAACCCCGGGGUCAUCCCAGAGGAGCCGGAACCUGGUGAAGAUCCCGACGAAGAGGAGCUGGCAAAUAGGUAUGAAAGGCAGGCAGAGGAGGAGCCUGGACUCUUUGAAUCCCUCAGCGAAGAGGAACUGGCGAAUAUGCUUGCAACGCGGGCGGAGGUCAUUCGGCGGGUUGUUCCCCCAAAAAGUCCUGUCACAAUCGCUCCUGAAAGGCACGAUGGUCAGUCGACGCCCUCGACAUUGACAAGUCAUGAGGCAGUGACGACAUACCAUGACCAGGAGUCUUUAGAGACAUUCCGGGCUUUCAAUAAGCGGAAAAAGAACAGCGGCAGGAGGCCCAAGAAUACAUCUUUGCCUGCCCCGACUCACGAACGAUUAUAUUCACGUAUUCGAAGGAAGGCCAGGAGCAGGAUUUCCGCCGAGUCCCUGAGUUCACUGGGGGCGGUGGGUAUCUACGGAUAUCAAACAGCCGCCAGCAGAGCCGCGGCCUUCCGAGGCGAAUGA